AUGCAAUUGAAACAGACUUUAGCCACUACUGCCCUAGCUUCUACAGCUCUAGCUGCUUACAACCCAUCUGAGCCAUGGACCACUUUGACUCCAUCUGCCACUUACGCCGGUGGUUACACUGACUACUCUGCCUCUUUCGGUAUUGCUGUUCAACCAAUUGCCUCCUCCGUUGCCAAGAGAGCUGAAGCCAUUUCCCAGAUCGGCGACGGCCAAAUCCAAGCUACUACCAAGACUACCACUUCUGCUGCUAAGUCUACUGCUGCUGCUGUUUCUCAAAUCGGUGACGGCCAAAUCCAAGCUACUACCAAGACUACCACUUCUGCUGCUAAGUCUACUGCUGCUGCUGUUUCUCAAAUCGGCGACGGCCAAAUCCAAGCCACCACAUCUACCAAGGCUACCGCUGCUGCCGUAUCUCAAAUCGGUGACGGUCAAGUCCAAGCCACCACCUCUUCCGCUAAGAGCUCUGCUGCUGCCGCUUCUCAAAUUAAUGACGGUCAAGUCCAAGCUUCCACAACUAAGGCUACUACCACUCUAGAAGGUUCUUCCUCCUCCUCGUCGGCUGCUACCUCUACAUCCACUUCGGCUGCCACUACUGGUGCUUUAGUUAUCAACAGUGUUUCUUGUUCUGGUUCUGGUACUUUAGCUUUAAGCUUAAAGGGCGGUGAAUUAACAGAUGCCAAGGGCAGAAUCGGUUCUAUUGUUGCUAACAGACAAUUCCAAUUCGACGGUCCACCACCACAAGCCGGCGCCAUCUACGCUGCUGGUUGGUCUAUCACCCCAGAGGGUAACUUAGCCAUCGGUGACAACGAUAUCUUCUACCAAUGUCUAUCCGGCAACUUCUACAACUUAUAUGAUGAAACUUUAGGUGCUCAAUGUAACCCAGUUCACUUAGAAAUCGUUGACUUAGUCGACUGUUAA